AUGUCAUCUGAAGAAGAUAACAAGGAUGUUUAUUCCAAAUCAAAUGACUCUAACUCAUAUGUAGAAUCUCUACAUUCAUAUGAAGUUAACCCACGUCAAACUGAUGAUGAAAACUUAACUGCUACUCAGCAACUAUCACGUCAUUUAUCAAAUAUUCUAUCCAAUGAAGAAGGUAUAGAAAAAUUAGAGUCCAUGGCUAGAAUCAUCUCUACUAAGACUAAAAGAGAAAUGGACUCCUUCGAGGUCAAUGAUUUAGACUUCGAUUUACGUGCUUUAUUAAACUAUUUAAGAUCACGUCAAUUAGAACAAGGUAUCGAGCCUGGUGACUCUGGUAUUGCUUUCAAAAAUAUUACUUCAGUCGGUAUCGAUGCUUCCGCUGCUUAUGGUCCUUCUGUCGAAGAAUUAUUAAGAGGUAUCUCUAAUUUACCAAAUUACCUUCUAAAUAAAUUUCGUAAGAAGAAGGAUGUCCCAUUAAGAAACAUCAUCCACAACUUCUCUGGUGUUGUCGAAUCUGGUGAAAUGUUAUUCGUCGUUGGUAGACCAGGUGCAGGUUGUUCCACUUUAUUAAAAACUCUUUCUGGUGAAACUGAUAAUUUCAUUGAUGUCUCUGGUGAUUUUUCAUACGAUGGUCUUGACCAAGAAGAAAUGAUGAAACAAUACAAAUCUUACGUCGUUUACUGUCCAGAAUUAGACUUCCAUUUCCCUAGAAUCACUGUCAAGGAAACAAUUGAUUUCGCAUUAAAAUGUAAGACCCCUCGUGUUAGAAUCGAUAACAUGACAAGAGAACAAUAUGUCGACAAUAUGAGAGAUAUGUGGUGUACUGUCUUCGGUUUAAGACAUACUUAUGCUACUAAAGUCGGUAACGAUUUCGUUAGAGGUGUCUCUGGUGGUGAACGUAAGCGUGUUUCUUUAGUCGAAGCUCAGGCUAUGGGUGCCUCAAUCUAUGCUUGGGAUAACGCUACUAGAGGUUUAGAUGCUUCCACGGCUUUAGAGUUCGCUCAAGCCAUUAGAACUGCUACCAAUAUGAUGAACAAUUCUGCUAUUGUCGCUAUCUACCAAGCUGGUGAGAAUAUUUACGAGUUAUUUGAUAAGACUACCGUUUUAUACAAUGGUAGACAAAUUUUCUUCGGUGCUGCUGAUAGAGCCGUUGAUUAUUUCGAAAGAAUGGGUUGGGUUAAACCAAACAGAAUGACUUCUGCUGAAUUUUUAACAUCUGUUACUGUCGAUUUCGAAAAUAGAACUUUAGAAAUCAGACCUGGUUACGAAGACAAGGUUCCAAAGUCUGGUGACGAAUUCGAAGCCUAUUGGUUGAAUUCCCCAGAAUAUCAAGAACUAAUGAGAGAAUACGAUGAUUACCAAGCCAGACAUCCAGCCGCUGAAACUAGAGAUAGAUUGACUGUCGCUAAGAAGCAAAGAUUACAAGCUGGUCAAAGAGAAAACUCUCAGUACGUUGUUAACUACUGGACUCAAGUCUAUUACUGUAUGAUUCGUGGUUUUCAAAGAGUUAAAGGUGACUCUACCUAUACCAAGGUUUAUCUUGCUUCUUUCAUUAUUAAAGGUCUAUUAGUUGGUGCUAUGUUCCAUAGAAUUGACGACGUCGGUCAAUCUACUACUGGUGGUGCUAAUUCUCGUGCUGGUUUAUUAUUUUACGUCUUAUUAUUCGCUUCUGUUACUUCAUUGGCUGAAAUCGGUAAUUCUUUUGCUACCAGACCUACUAUUGUUAAGCAUAAGUCUUAUUCUAUGUACCAUAUUUCUGCUGAAUCGUUACAAGCUAUUAUUACUGAAUUUCCAACCAAAUUUGUCGCUAUUUUCUUAAUGUCAUUACUUACCUACUGGAUUCCAAUCUUGAAGCAUGAAGCUGGUGCCUACUUCCAAUACUUCCUUUACUUAUUAACUAUCCAACAAUGUACUUCAUUUAUCUUCAAGUUUGUUGCCACUUUAACUACUGAUGGUGUUACUGCUCACGCUUUAGGUGGUUUAUGGGUUAUGAUUUUAUGUAUCUACACUGGUUAUGUUAUUCCAUUAGGUGAAAUGCAUCACUGGAUGAAAUGGGUUCAUUUCCUAAAUCCUUUGACUUAUGCCUUCGAAAGUUUGGUAUCUACAGAAUUUCACGGCAGACAAAUGUUAUGUAGUGCUCUGAUCCCAAGUGGUGCUGGUUACGAAAAUGUUACAUUGGCCAAUCAAAUUUGUGGUUUCACUGGUGCCGUUAAAGGUCAAGCUUACGUUAGCGGUGACACAUAUAUUGACCGUGCUUACCAUUUCAGUUACUCCCAUGCUUGGAGAAGUUGGGGUAUCAACAUUGUUUGGACCUUCUUCUACAUCGUCGCUAAUGUUGUCUUGUCUGAAUUUUUGAAACCUGUUCAAGCUGGUGGUGAUAUCUUACUAUACAAGAGAGGUCACAUGCCUUCCUUUGGUACUGAAUCUGCUGAAGCUAAGACUGCUACUAGAAAAGAAAUGAUGGAAGCUUUGAAUGGUCCAGAUGUCGAUUUGGAAAAAGUAAUUGCUCAAAAGGAUGUUUUCACUUGGAAUCACUUAAACUACACCAUUCCAUACGAUGGUGCUACAAGACAAUUGCUUUCUGAUGUUUUUGGUUACGUCAAGCCUGGUAAGAUGACUGCCUUAAUGGGUGAAUCUGGUGCUGGUAAGACUACUUUAUUAAAUGUUUUGGCCCAAAGAAUUGACAUGGGUGUUAUCACUGGUGAUAUGUUCGUUAAUGGUAAACCGUUACCAGCUUCUUUCAACAGAUCUUGUGGUUACGUUGCUCAAGCUGAUAACCAUAUGGCUGAAUUAUCUGUUAGAGAAUCUUUAAGAUUUGCUGCUGAAUUAAGACAACCAAAAUCUGUUCCUUUAGAAGAAAAAUACGCUUAUGUUGAAAAAAUGAUUACAUUAUUAGGUAUGCAAAACUACGCUGAAGCUUUAGUUGGUAAGACUGGUAGAGGUUUGAAUGUUGAACAAAGAAAAAAAUUGUCUAUCGGUGUCGAAUUAGUUGCUAAGCCUUCAUUAUUGUUAUUCUUGGAUGAACCUACUUCCGGUUUAGAUUCCCAAUCUGCUUGGUCCAUUGUUCAGUUCAUGAGAGCUCUUGCCGAUUCUGGUCAAUCUAUUUUAUGUACAAUCCAUCAACCUUCCGCUACUUUAUUCGAACAAUUCGAUAGAUUAUUAUUAUUAAAGAAGGGUGGUAAGAUGGUUUACUUUGGUGACAUAGGUGAAAAUUCUAGAACUUUAUUAAACUAUUUCGAACGUCAAUCUGGUGUUAAAUGUGGUAUCUCUGAAAAUCCUGCUGAAUAUAUCUUAAACUGUAUCGGUGCUGGUGCUACUGCUUCUGCUGCUGCCGACUGGCAUGAACUUUGGGUCAGUUCUCCAGAAUGUGCUGCUGCCAGAGCUGAAGUCGAAGAGUUACAUCGCGAAUUACCAAGUAGGCCUGUCAAUGAUGAUCCUGAAUUAGGUACUAGAUUUGCUGCUUCUUACGCCACUCAAUUAAAGACUGUUCUAUCCAGAACAACUCUUCAAUUCUGGAGAUCUCCUGUCUAUAUCAGAGCUAAAUUUAUGGAAUGUGCCUCAUGUGCUCUUUUCUUAGGUUUAUCUUAUAUCCAUGUUAACAAUUCUGUCGGUGGUGCAAGUGAAGCCUUCGCUUCUAUUUUCAUGUUAUUAGUUAUCGCUUUAGCUAUGGUUAAUCAAUUACACGUUUUUGCUUUCGACAGUAGAGAAUUAUAUGAAGUUAGAGAAGCUGCUUCCAAUACUUUCCACUGGAGUGCUUUGUUAUUGUGUCACUGUGCUGUUGAAUUAGGAUGGACUAUCUUAUGCCAAUUGCUAUGUUGGAUCUUAUACUACUGGCCAGCUGGUUACAGUGGCCGUGCUCCACAAGCUGGUUUCUUCUUUUUCUUCUAUGUUCUAAUUUUCCCACUAUACUUCGUUACUUAUGGUUUAUGGAUUCUUUAUUUCUCUCCAGAUGUUCCAUCUGCUUCUAUGAUCAAUUCUAAUGUGUUUGCUGCUAUGUUAUUAUUCUGUGGUAUCUUACAACCAAAGGAAAAGAUGCCAGGUGUUUUGAAGGCCAUUUAUGAUACUUCUCCAUUCACUUACGUUGUUCAAUCUUUAGUUGCACCAUUAGUUCAUAAGAAGAAGGUCGUCUGUAACAAGAAUGAUUUCUUUGUUUUAGAUCCUCCAAGUGGUCAAACAUGUUUUCAAUACAUGGAAUCAUACAUUGAUCAACAUGCCGGUUACUUAUCCAACCCAACUGCUACCUCAGAUUGUGAAUACUGUCCAUACAGUUACCAAAGUGAUGUUGUUACUCAAUUUAAUGUUAAAUGGAGCUACAGAUGGAGAAACUUUGGUUUCAUGUGGAUCUACAUUUGUUUCAAUUUGUUCGCUAUGUUAUCAUGUUAUUACGUAAUGAGAGUUAAGAAAUGGUCUCUCAAGUCCGUUUUAGACUUCAAGAAAUGGUUCAAUGGUCCAAGAAAGGACAGACACGAAAAAGAUACCACCAUUUUCCAACAACAACCAACUGAUAAAGAAAAGGUUACCAAACAUUAA